UAAAUAACCAUAUAAAAGACACAUAUUCUGCGUCACGGCUGUAAGAGAGAGAAAUAUCGUAUCGUAUGGGCUUUUUGGGCGGCCCAUAUGAAAGACACAAAAAUUUGGGGUGAAAAUGAAAAUAGAAAAGUUGGAACGGUCAUAUAAAAUGAACCCACUGGCUUCUUUUUCCUGGAUCCUAAAGGCGGGAAAUCUUCAAAUACAUCAGCGGGGUGAAUAGCGCGCGUGAAAAAGAGCGAGAGGUGCGAUGGAGGGAAGGAGGUCAAGCGGCGAUUUGCAGAGCAUUCUCGAUGCUAUUUCGUCUUCAGAUGUCGUUGAGAGUCGUAUUCAGCUGCUCAUUAAGCUGGAGGAUUUGGAUUUAUCAAGUAAAUCAGACUUGAUUUCGUUAGCCGAAGGCCUUACAAUAUUUUGGGAAGAUUUCACCUGUUUGGAUGUGACGCAAUGCUUAUUAAACAGAACGAUUUUACUUGUGGCCAUAAAACGUUUGGAGAAAGACACAGCUGGUUCUCUUGCACAGUUUCUCAGACUCGGAGUUAAGGCAAGUAUCUGGUGUGGAAAGCAUCUAAAGAUGACACUUAUGUCAAUCCAGGAGUCACAGGAAGAAGAGCACUCCAACCUGUUUUUUCAGGUGGUAAAUCUUCUUUUAGAUGCGUUGAAAUUUUCUGCUGCCAGUUUUUCAGCUUUGGCAAGAUAUCCUCUUUUUGAAGAUAAGAUGUUGAUGAGUACGGUUGAGAAUUUCACCUUGGAACAGUUGAAUUUAAUGAAUGAAUCAGUAUCAGAAAUUCAGAGGAUUCAAGAAUUUGGCUCAGAAAUAUUGAAAGCUGUGCAGAUGAUCAUUGAUGCAAUGAUAAAAUUUUGUGAAGUUCACUCCCAAGCUCUAGAUGGGGAGUUCUCUGAUGAAAAUUCUGAUAAAACCAGCAGUGCUGCAAACCAUGCCAUCAACGUACACAAGUGUAUAAUCGAGAAGUUAUGUGAAUUGGGCACCAUUGCAGCCAAAGGUGGUGGAGGAUUGGUUACCAUUCUUAACGUGUCAUGGAAAGGAGUGUUUACCUUGCUUCAACAUGGAAACGUGGUAUUAUUAUCAAAAGUGAACAUAGCAGGCACUAUUCUGAUUCUAGUUUCGCUUGUCAUUGAGCCUCUGAAAUGUGCAGCAGCGACUUGGUCUUCUGUAACGAAAGAAGCUGUCUCUGCAGCUGAAGCCAGACGAAUAUUUCUUCCAGUUAAAUUUUUCCUGAUUAAUGCUGUGAAAAUAUCGUGCCUGUGUCCUUGCCAAGCAUAUCUAGUACAUAAGGAGAUCAUUCUCUGUGUUCUAACAAUCUUCACAUAUAAGUUUUCACUAAGCAGUGAAAAGUUACUGGAAACUGUAGCUGAAGCAAUCACUGAACUUUUGGAGCCAACGUGCUUGGAUUUAGUCAAGUGUAUAGUAAAUUCCACUGAUCUAAAACAAGACCUGAAACUUGAGAUUAUGGGCUUGUUAUUCACUACUGAAAGGUGUUCUUUUCCAGAUGGAGAUCCUAGUGCUUGUUUUAGGAUUGAUCCAAUGAAUGGAAUGUUUUCCAUUAAUUGUGAAGGCAUGAAUAAUGGGAAAACCUUAUUGCUUGGCCGCAUUAAUCUUCUACUUAAUUUGCUGAGGUAUUCUUUUGAUCUCAGUGAUGAUGCAAAACUACUGAUCACCACAAAACUCAGUUGGCUUUUGGACAAUCUAGUUCAAGAAGAUGUAUAUGCAUCUGUUCUUCUCCUGCAAGUUCCUUUCUUAUAUUUAUCUGGAAAAACUACAGAGCUAAAAUGGCAGCCUCUGUUCUCUUCUCUUUUGCAUGCAUUGAAGACUUUCAUGGUUGCAGUCUCUUCAAGUUAUGCUUGGGUGGAACUGCAAUCCUUCUUACUUGAAAAUCUCUUGCAUCCUCAUUUUCUUUGCUGGGACAUUGUUAUGGAACUUUGGUGCUUUAUGUUGCGGUAUGCUGAUAAUGGCCUGGUGAAUGGUGUCAUCUCUAACCUUUUAUCAGUAAUGAAGUCAUUAGAAUCCUCGGAGCCAGUUCUUGUUUACAGUUCUGCUUUGAGAAAAAUGGCAAGGUCUAUAAACAUGAUGCUUACAUAUGGUGCACAUUCUAAACUAAAUGAGAUUUGUGAGGCUAUUUUUAUUCAGGACAAAUCUCGGUUAUCUACAGUGAUAUUGGUCGCCUUGAUCUUGGAAGGCUUUCCCCUAAACUUACUCUCCGAGAAGAUUAAACAUAUUGCUAUUCAGGGUAUGGUUCAUGAUUAUUUGAGCUUCAUCGGGAAUUUUGAUGAGACUUCAAUGUUAACUUCCUCUUCUGGGGUUAUUGGGUUGCCAGUAUUUUCUGCAUCUGCUACAAUACAGUCCAUGAAGUUAAGCACCUCUGAUAUUGAUGUGAGAACGUUAAAGUUCUUACUUGCUCUUCUCCGUGGCUACAAAAUUUCUGGAGUCGGAGAAGUAAAGGGAUUCUGUAGAAAACUAAUAUCUGAAACGUUGGGGAUCAUCUCGUGCAUGAAACACCUUUAUGCAUCUAAUGAGAUGGAGGAAGUCAUCUUGGAGCUUGAAAAGCUUUUUAUCUCAGGACCAACAGCCUCAGAUCCUCUGUUAUAUGAAUGCAAAUCAGGUUUGGCUCCUUUCUUGGCAGGGCUUGCGCACAUUAAAAUGACAGAAACUGAUGAUAAUGCCAAAAGCUGCGCUGUGUGGGAGCUAUAUCAUAUGUUAUUUAAGGAGCGGCACUGGGCACUCAUACAUUUGGGGCUAACAGCUUUUGGAUAUUUUGCUGCACGUACUUCUUGCGAUGAGCUGUGGAGGUUUGUGCCACAAAAUGCAGCUCUUUCGUACGAUUUAGAAUCAGGAAAACAGGUAAAUGAAGAGGGGUUUAUGUUAGAGUUUAAGAUAUUUCUUGAGAAGGAAAUGGCUCUCCUCACAGUAACAACGAGUGGUGACCAGCUAGCACUGCUUAUGAAAGAAGGACUAAUGUUAAAGGAUGUUCUCAAUAAGAUAUUAAAAUCAUGUGAAAAGGGUAUUGAAUGUAAGAGCAUGGACACUGAUGAAGGACCAUCUAGCAGGAAGAGAAAGCUUCCUGAAGGAAUCAGCAAGGGAAUGGAUUUGCUAAAGAAUGGGUUAAAGGUUAUGCGCCAGGGUCUCUCACUGUUGGAAGGAAGUCAUGUCGAUUCCAGAGAACUUCAUAACAAACUUUUCAGUCACUUCUUUGGCCUUGAAGAUGAAAUAGCUCGCCUUGGCAACCAAGGUGGGGGUGAUUAAGUCAAAUCUCAAUUUCAAAGACCGAAAAGUCCAACACUAUAGCCCAUGGAUCAGUGAUGUAUGGUUCAGUCCGUACCAUCGUUCUGUUGCAGAAGUAACCGAAGGCCAGAUUCCAUAGUGGAACCACACGUGCCAUUCAGUCUUGACCAAAUGAACUAUAUUGAUUCGAGCUUCAGUGGUGAGGUCGAGAGUAGUCCGCUUCAGCUUUCUUUGGUGCCAAGACAUUGGGAAGGUUUUUCGCUGCUCAACUCGGUAAUCUUCUCUCCAAAAGUUGUAAGCUUUAACACGAGUCUACUGUUGCAAAGCUCGAGUGAAAGUAGAAACGAAUUAUCUUUCUCGAACGUAUUGCAUUGCAAGUAAACAGAAAUUGAGGCGUCAAUUUAGUAUAAUGGUAAGGCGACUGAUAUUAUUCCAAUAUGAGAGAAUUAGAAAUGUCAUUUUAUACCCUAGUAUUAUUGGUCACGUUUGCAAUAUUAAACGACUAAUUAUGACAGGAUAGGACCGUGACAGACACCAUUUUUUUCGUAGAGUGGAUAAGGCACUAUAUCUUUUCUUUUCUUUUCUGGGGUCUAAUAUCAGAUCCUCUCUUCCCCUAAUUUUUUGUUAAGUAGGGUGAAGAUUUGAGUUUAUCUCUGUGUGCGCCAAAAGUUGAUCGAGAUUAAUUAUACCGUAGUGGUUGAUAUUGAUGCUCACGAUAGUGAUAGGGUGUGGAAGAAUGAAUUUGAGAGAUCUAAUUGGUACUCCUAUGAAGCCAAACCUUGUUUGGGAAAGGGUGUAGAGCUUUCAAACAUGAAAAAUGUCACCGGAGCUCAUGAAGAUUUUUUGGAGCCAGUUUCAGUGGACCUAAACAGUACAGAGCAACUGUAUGGCAUAGAAUACGAAGUCCGCGUGAUCAAUGGCUUCACAAACAAUUCCUCACUGCCUCUGGUGAUAUGGUGUGCGUCCAAAGACAAUGAUAUUGGCGGGCGUGCGCUCCAGGAGCAUGAUGAUUUCGGCUGGCUCGUCAGGACCAACUUCUGGAUUUUUACAACCUCUCAAUUCUCAUGCACGGUCAAACUGGACCGGACGAGGAAGAGUUUUGAUGCAUUCAAGGUACCAAGAGAUAUCUAUCGCUGUAGUCCUCUCAGGAAAUGCUCUUGGCUGGUUAUGGAAGAUGGAUUCUAUUUCAGUGACGACGAAGUAAGCUGGAAGAAGGAUUUCUCGUGGUAAAGCACCAGACCAGCUAAGUUGACUCAACUCUGUUCUACUUCUCUACUAGUUUUACUUUUACCGUCAUCGUCUUGGCCUUUCCAUAGCUAGAUUCUAGCGUAUCUCCGGAAUGGAAGGCUUUUUCUGAGUUAUAAGUAUUGAGUUUAACCAUGGGAAUUGAAUUCCUCGAAUAUCCAAGCGCGGUAUCACUUAGUAAAAAGGUGACGUUUUUCUAUGUUUUGGAGAAACCACGUCUGUGAUAAUACUACCGGUGUUCCUUUUGAGUU